CAUCCAUAUGCUUUCUAGACAACAGUCAUGACCAUACAGGAGCUAGUGGAAGGCAGAAUAGACUUCAAAGGCCAAAAGACGGCGGACGACAUUGUUCGCGUGGUGCUCAUCACUAGCACGUUUCUCUCUUUUGCGAUUGGGUUUGCCUUCAGCUCUCUCAUGAUAACAAUGAGUAUAUUCGCACUCUGUACUGUAGCGCUGUCUCUGGUUGUCCUGCCUCCUUGGCCCAUGUUCAAUCACCAUCCAGUGAUAUGGUUAUCUGCAGAAGGACACAGUCAGAAGUAGUAUUCGGUGUUUAUUUUGAUAUCUUUGGCUCCUGCGACAGACUCGGAAAGCAAGACUUCUCUAGCUUCUGAUAAUCUGUUAUUUGCAAAGAGUGAGUCUUAUUAAUACAUAUACUAUUUGUAUGCUUCGACAGCCUGAGAGUACAAGGUAAGCUUGUUGGGGCAAUUGUUCCACAUGCGCGUGUCGGGCCUAUGAUUACAGUGCCUUGCCAUAGUGGUUGGCAUCGCUACCUCUGAGUUUGAAGCGCUAGCCAAGGCCUCAGCCAUUUUCAUAUCCACGUUUUGAAGUUCUGAAUGAGGAAGAAGGAAAUGGAUCGUUUCCACCUUAGGGGAUUUUUGGCACUGGUGAGCUGAUGAGACCUGGUGAGACAUACAUGAGAAAAUCAGGGCUCUAUAUCUGUUGGAUUAUCAAGUGGGAGCAAAUAUCCGUUUGCGAACAUAGACGCUUGACCGCCCUGAGUGAUUUUAAAACGUUGAUUCGGAG